UGUUCAUGUGUUAUAUUAUUUCAAAGCAACUAAAAAUAUUGUUAAUAUUAAUGAUUUAAAUUUAAUGCUAUAGAUGUUAAUAUAGAUUUCAUGUAUUUGUGAUUUAUUGCUUUUUCUUCAUGUGAUAUAUAUAUAUUUGUAUUAUAUUUUAUUUAUUAAUAUAUAUGUGAACAUAUUGGCGGGAAAUAAGAAGACAUUGUAUCGAAAUUUGUUAUCUUUAUUUUAAUAUAACUUUUAUUACAUCAAUUAAUUUUAACGUUUUAACGUUUGUAAAACCAAAAUAAAUAAAUAAAAACGUCAGAUGGCAGAAAGAUUGGAAGAUCUUAAUUUACCAAAUGCAGUUGUAACAAGAAUUAUAAAAGAGGCAUUACCAGAAGGAGUUACAAUUGCUAAAGAUGCUAGAACUGCAGUAGCAAAAGCAUCAUCAAUUUUUAUAUUAUAUUUAACAUCAUCUGCAAAUAUAAUUGCUAAAAAAGGAAAUCGUAAAACAAUAAGUGGUCAGGAUGUUAUUCAAGCAAUGAAUGAUAUAGAAUUUGAUGAAUUUGUUGAUCCACUUCAAGAAUCAUUAGAAAAUUUUCGUAAAGCUCAAAAAGAAAAGAAAGAUGCAACAUCUAAAAAAAAACAACAGAAAAAGGAUGAAGAUGAUAUAAUAGAAGAGGAAGAUGGUGGAAGAGAAGUUAUGGUUUUUUGAUAUGUAUUAAGUUACAUAUUAUAUAAAUUAUAAUAUGUAAAAAAAGAUGUAUACACAUAUUUUACAGAAUUAUUAUAUAAAUCUAAUAAAUUUUGUCACAUUCUAUUUAUUAUUAUAAAAUAAAUUAAAUAAAAUAUAUUAAUAUAAAAAAUUU